CCUUUUCAUCUCCUCCACUUAUUUCAAUACUUAAAAUCUGGUGUGUGUGUGUGUGUGUGUUUUUCUCCAAUCUCAAAAACCAACAACAAAACUUCCCAAACUCAUUACACUCCAUACAACCAUGGCAAUGACCACUUCCCAUAUGCCACGACCUUCUUUCUACAAUUCUCAUGGUAUUAGAUCUUCACAGAAACCAUCAUGGUUCCGAGCUCAACCUAGAACCAAACACAACCCCUCCGUAAACAUAAAAGCUUCAGCUGGUGUUCGGAAAGAAGAUAUCGUCAUCGUCGGGGCUGGGAUUGCCGGUCUCGCCACUGCAGUGUCUCUUCGCAGGCUAGGGAUUGGGUCAGUGGUGCUUGAGCAAGCAGCGUCGCUUAGAACUGGUGGAACCUCACUUACCCUUUUCAAGAAUGGGUGGAGGGUAUUGGAUGCCAUUGGUGUUGCAGAUAAUGUCAGGGGCCAAUUUCUUGAAAUUCAAGGGAUGGUGGUGAACUCAGAAGAUGGAAGGGAGUUACGCUCCUUCAAAUUCAAAGACGAAGAUCAAACCCAAGAAGUUCGUGCAGUGGAGCGGAGAAUACUACUGGAGACGCUUGCCGACGAGUUACCACCUGAGACAGUUCGGUUCUCUUCCAAAUUAGCAAAGAUUCAAUCAAGUGAAAAUGGUGAAACUCUUUUGCAACUUACCGAUGGGACUACGUUGCUUGCAAAGAUUGUUAUUGGUUGUGAUGGAAUUAGAUCUCCGAUAGCCAAGUGGAUGGGUUUCUCCGAGCCGAGGUAUGUAGGAUAUAGUGCUUUCCGUGGACUUGGAGUUUAUCCCGAGGGGCAGCCAUUUGCAGCAAAUGUUAAUUAUAUCUACGGAAGAGGUUUGCGUGCUGGAUAUGUCCCCGUGUCUCCUACAAAAGUUUACUGGUUUAUCUGCUAUAACAGUCCCUCCUCUCCAGGUCCCAAGAUUACUGAUCCAGCUUUGCUGAGGAAGCAAGCAAAGGAACUCGUAAACAACUGGCCUGAAGAGUUAAUUAGAUUGAUUGAUCUCAGCCCAGAUGAGACGAUCAGUAAAACCCCGCUUGUUGAUCGUUGGUUAUGGCCGGGUUUAAGCCCUCCUGCUUCAACCGGCAAAGUAGUGCUGGUUGGGGAUGCUUGGCAUCCGAUGACUCCCAAUCUCGGGCAAGGUGCUUGUUGUGCUUUAGAGGAUUCUGUCAUACUGACCAGGAAAUUAGCUGAUGCAAUUAAAUCCGGACCAACAGCCGUAGAAGGUGCUCUCAGGGAAUAUGGAGAGGAAAGAUGGCCUCGGGUCUUUCCGUUAACCGUACGGGCAAAUCUUGUUGGAUCACUAUUGCAGUGGGAUAAUCAACUUGUCUGUUCUAUUCGUAACAAUGUUGUCAUACCUAAACUAGUUAGACUUGGACCAGUGCUUGAACACACAAAUUUUGAGUGUGAGCCUCUCAAAGCAUAAAAAUGUAAAGAUUUAAAGACCAUAAGUAGCAAGAAAGUAAACAAACUAUAUAUCAUUUCCAUUUGAAGCUGUUCGAUCCAUCAUUUAUUAAUGAAACAUGAAAUUACAGAGCUUUCUUUGAUAAAA